GGAUCCGUGGAAAAUGGCGCCGUGGAUUUGGUUGGUUCGUGUGGUGUGGGGGUCGGUUCUCGCCUCGGAUUGGUGGAAAUGACCCAAUCACAGGUCGCAAAGGGAGCAGAGGUCUCUUCUUCUGAGUAUAAGGUUUGGCAGGGUCUGGCGGCAUCACCAAUCAUAACCUGGCAAGGUUGAUCCAGGAAUAAUCGGUCACAGCACAAUUUCAUCCACGAUGACCACCAUCACCGACGACACAGCACCCCACGCGCAAGUGCCGCGUGUGAAGAAGGAGAAGAAAGAGAAGAAAGAGAAAAAGGAGAAGAAGGAGAAGAAGGCCAAAAAGCGUACCCGCGACGAAGAUGCGGCUGACAAAGUGUCAGCCGAGGACGCGCAAGUUGCCACGACGUCGGCCGAGAGUGACAACGACGUUUCUGUCAAGGACGAACCCGUGGUGAAGAAGCCCAAGACGCACAACGUGUCCACCAUUGGCGAAGACAACCCGCCCCUGUCCAACUUUCGCAUCUCCGCAGCGACGAUCGACAACCUCGAAAAGCGCGGCAUCCCGACCUUGUUUCCUAUCCAGGCCAUGACGUUCGACUCGAUCUACGACAAGAAGGACUUGAUCGGUCGGGCUCGCACGGGCAUGGGUAAAACGCUGGCGUUUGUCUUGCCUGUGGUCGAGCUCUUGCUGAAGGAUGGCCUUCGCAAGAACCGCGGUCGUCCGCCGAAAGUGAUCUGCAUGGCGCCGACGCGCGAACUGGCCAAGCAAGUGGCCCAGGAAUUUGAACUGACUGGCCCAACCUUGUCCACGACGUGCAUCUACGGCGGGGCGUCGUAUCAGAGCCAGAACAGCGACUUUAGCAAGGGCGUGGACAUCGUCGUGGGCACAACCGGGCGCAUCUGCGAUCACUUGGAGCGCGGGACGCUCAAGCUGCACCAGUGCUCGUUCUUGAUCUUGGACGAAGCCGACACGAUGCUGGAAAUGGGUUUCCGAGAAGACAUCCAAAAGGUAUUUGAAGCCAUGCAAUUCGCCAAAGCCGCCGAAGACCACCACAUCCAAACGCUGCUGUUUUCGGCGACGAUUCCAUCAUGGGUGGAGACCGUCGCAAAUCAAUACAUGAGUCCUACCCGCGAAUACGUCAACAUGGUCAAGGACAACGAGGCGCAAGCGUCCACGGACGUCGAGCACAUUGCGAUUCCGUGCCACUGGCAAACACGCGCCGCGUUGCUCGCCAACUUGAUGUCCAUGUAUGCCACCAAGACGAGCCGCACGAUCAUCUUUGCCGAAACCAAAAAAGACUGCAAUGAACUGGCCGUGAACCCCGACAUCAAGCAAGAUGCGCAAGUGCUGCACGGGGACAUUGCCCAGGGCCAGCGGGAAACCACCAUGCAAGCGUUUCGCGACGGCAAGAUCCGGUUACUGAUUGCCACGGACGUGGCUGCCCGAGGGUUGGACAUGGACGUGGACCUGGUCAUCAACUCGGAGCCGCCGCGUAAACAAUCGGGCCGCGCCGACUGCGAAACGUACGUCCAUCGGUCUGGUCGCACGGGGCGCGCCGGCAAGAAGGGCAUUUGCAUCACGUUGUUCACGCCCAAGCAAAAGGACAACUUGAUCCUUAUCGAACGCCACAUCAAGCGCAAGUUUACUAUGCAGAGUGCGCCCAACGUGGACGACAUGAUCACCACGUCCGGCGCGACCGCGUCCGCCGAGAUCGACGCCGUGCACAAAGACAUGAGCGCGCUGUUUGUCCCCCAUGCGGAGGCCCUGGUCGAGAAGCAUGGCGCUGUCCAGGCGCUGGCCGCGGCGCUUGCGUGCAUCACCGGGUACACCCGACCGACGCCGCAAGCGUCGUUGCUUACGGGUGCCCCGGACAUGGUGACUGUGUUGUUUGAGAGCACCAACCCCAUCUACGCCAAAGGCUAUGUGUGGAACGCGGUGAACCGCGACAUUCCGGAAGAAUUCGCCGGCGCUAUCAAAAACAUGCAACUCACGGCGGACUCGAUGGGCGCAUGCUUUGAACUGCCGCUCGCUGGGCUGCCUCUGCUGGAGGAAUUGAUGAAGAAGGACCAAGGCGAUUUCAAGUGUCCGUAUUCGAUCCCCCGUGCCCUCCCCACCAUGCAAGAAAUCCCUGCCCGAAGCAACGGCGGCGGUGGCUACGGUGGCGGACGUGGAGGUGGCUAUGGCGGACGAGGGGGUGGUGGAUACGGAGGCCGUGGUGGAGGCCGUGGAGGAGGUGGCCGCGGCGGAGGAGGCCGCGGUGGACGUGGUGGUCGACGCUAUUAGAGUUGAAUUUAUUAUAUAACAUAAACGGCCAAUUAUUGCCCCAAUAUCAUUCUAUUAGAGUUG